AUGAGGAUACAAGGGACGGCGAAAAUGGAGGGAUGCAUGUUACCGGUUUUGCUGGAAAGAAGCCUCUAAAAUAAAAAGCAACCAAAUUCUAGAUAAAAAGGACCUCUGAAUUCAUUGAAUAAGUUGGAAUCCAGUUCUUCUUAGCUCUUUGUCAAGCAUCCACUGAAGUAGAGUCCUCCAAUCAAUGAGACAAGUGGAUCACAGGAUGUUUCUGUCGAUCAAGAGAAGAAAAACCUCAAGAAUAGGAGUGUUAAAACAGCAGUAUCUGCCAAAGUUAGUGAGGAAACUAGUAGCCUUGCCAGAACUAGUUGGAAGUGCAAGACCAGUGAUCGUGUUGAAUGUGGAGAGUGGAACACGCAGCAGUCAUGUUGUAGAGGAAGCACAAGUAGUGAUGUAAGUAUGAGUAGCACUUGUAGCAGCUUUAGUAGCAGUAUUAGCAAACCCCAUACAGCAUAAUGACUGAGAUGGGAAGCCAUCCAAGCUGUUACAAAAGAUGGAGUUUUUGGGUUGAGUCAUUUAGACUGCUCAAGAGAUUGGGUUUGCUGGGAUUUGGGAGUGUAUAUCGUCAGAGUUGAGUGGAACAAAGUGUACUUGCAAUGAAGGCUUAUGGGGGAUAAGGCCCUUCUUGCCAGUCGUGAAAAAGGCUUACUCGGUGGCUCAAACAGAGGAAUUCUGCAUCUUGGAUACCCUUUCUUCACGCUGUAUACGCACUUUGAGACAGAUAAUCUCCUGUUUGUAAUGGAGUUCUGCCCUGGAGGAGACUUGCAUACUCUUAGGGGGCAGAGGCAACCAAGGGAAGCAUUUCCCCUGAGAGGCUUUAAUGGGUUUAAAAAUCUCUUGGGUAGUGUAGGAGGGGUUUUUAUAAGAUGGAGGGAAGCUGCUAAUCCAACUGCAACUAAAAUCUACUUGACAGGCGCAAAUGCAAAAAUGGCAGUUAAUGGAUGA